GCGGUGUCGGGCGAGAAGCUGGCGCCGCUCGAGGUCGCGGCGGCGAAUUACCUGUCGAUCGUGGCCGAGUGGGAGUAUAACCCGCGCGCGAUGGAGCACUACGGGAUGAAGAGCGCGAUGGCGGGGAAUGUGUAUGGGAUCCUGGCGACGGUGCGGGUCGGGAAGCGGUUUGAUGAGGAUAGCAGGUGGGCGCGGAAGUGGCAGGAGGUGUUGACGGUGCAGAGCAUGCUGGCGUCGGACAUGCAUCUCACGCUGCAGAGUCCGGAGCUGAAGCCGGUGUAUGUUACAAAGGCUUUGAAGGGUCGGUGAGGAUAUGUUUUGUAUAUAUGCUGUGAAUAGUGGAUGUGUAUAAAUUACCCGGCGCAUGGCUCGGUUAAUGGAUAACCGAGAUGAGACAGAACAGAUUGAGAACAGUUCUAGAACCCCGCGCAAAUCGAUUCAUAGACAAUGGCGAAAGUUGAAUACCGAAAGAUGGGGAAGAGCGGGCUGCGCGUGUCGGUGCCGAUUUUGGGAAUGAUGUCUAUGGGAUCAUCCGAGUGGGAGCCUUGGGUGCUGGAUAAGGAGGAUGCGCUGCCUAUUUUGAAGAAGGCGUAUGAUCUGGGGGUUACGACUUGGGACACGGCGAACGCGUAUUCGAACGGCGAAUCCGAGAUCCUGAUCAGAGAAGCCAUCGAGCGAUACAACAUCCCGCGCGAAGAACUGACAAUCAUGACAAAGAUCUACUACCCAGUUCCGAAGCAGAAAAAGCUCGGCGAGGCCUUUCUCGUCGAUCUGAGACAAGAUCCCAAGUUUGUGAACCAGUUUGGGCUCUCGCGCGGCGCGAUCUUCAAGCAGGUGGAUGCGUGUUUAGAGAGGUUGGGAACGGGGUACAUUGAUCUGCUUCAGAUCCACCGGAUCGACAAGGCCGUGGACGCGGAGGAAGUGAUGGAGGCGCUGAACGAUCUCGUGCGGAGUGGAAAGGUGCGGUAUAUCGGCGCGAGCAGCAUGUGGACGUAUGAGUUUAUGCGGUUGCAGAACAUUGCGGAUCUGCGCGGGUGGACGAAGUUUGUGUCGAUGCAGAAUAUCUACAAUCUCGUGUACAGGGAGGAAGAGCGCGAGAUGAUUCCGUACUGCCGCGCGAGCGGGGUCGGGCUGAUGCCGUGGAGUCCGCUGCACCAGGGGGUGCUUGCGCGGCCGCUGGCGGCGACGGAGGCGAAGGCGGGGGAGAGUGCGCGCGCGCAGGGGACGGGGGUGUUUAAGCAGUACGAGCCGGACGAGAGCGGGAAGGAGAUUGUGAGGAGGGUGGAGGAGGUUGCGAGGAAGAGAGGGUGGAGUAUGGCGGUGACGGCGCUGGUGUGGGUGAAGAUGAAGACGGUUGCGCCGGUGGUGGGGAUUAAUAGCGUGAAGAGACUACAGGAGGCGGUGGAGAUCGCGGACAAGGAGCUUACGGAUGAGGAGCAGAGGUAUUUGGAGGAGGCAUAUCGACCUCAGGCGGUGUUUGGGCAUUUUUAGAUGAGAUGAGUGAGGGUAUUGUUAUGAAUUCAUUAAGUAAGCGAGACAAUGAGGAGUCUUAGACCG